GCAACCAGGAGGAAGCGUGGACCGUCUCGAGCCGGCAUGGCGGCGUCCUUGUGCUGGUGUCUCCUCCUCUGUCAGCUGGCUUCCUGGGGGAGUGCGGGGCCGUUAGACCCAGGAAGGAGCCAUGGGAAGACCUCGGGGGAGGAUAAUCCAGGGUUAUCCAAUGGUCACCCACAGUUAACGGACUCAGCGCAAGGUGCUUCAGAUGCAGCCACAAAUUUUGUAGGUCACAAACAGCCUGCAACUCUACAAAGUAACUCCCAAAAUAGCAAGCCAGGGUCAUCUCUGCAAGAUCCAUCAGUUGAUCACAAGUCAGAUGCUGCUGAAUCCGAGAAAGGUCAGGAGGACAUAGGUAAAUCUGAAGAAGCUCAAGCAGACACAUCUGGUCCUCUUUCUCUUCCAAAGUCAAAAACUAAGGAACCAAAACAGAUAGAAGAGCCAUCAGUUAAAGGCCAGAAGACCCAACCUGAUGCUUCUGCUCAAGACUCUCCUUCAAAAUUAGGUCCUGAUCAAUCAGAAAAGGCUCAGAAAGAGGUAAAAAAAUUGGGAGGAUCUAGGACAAUCAUUUCUGAUCCAGAUUCUUUUCACCCACAGCCACAUGAUAAGGAACCAAAACAGACAGACAAUUUACCAACAAAGGACCAGAAUCCCCAGUCAGAUCUGUCUGUUCCUGAAAAGUUAGGUUCUAGUGAAGCCAACAAAGAUCAGGAAGUCAUAGGUAAACCUAAAGAAGGUCCACCACCUAUUCCAAAGGCAAAAACUGAGGAAUCAAAACAGAUGGAAGAGCCAUCAGUUGAAGGCCAGAAGACCCAGUCUGGUGCUUCUGCUCAAGACUCUCCUUCAAAAUUAGGUCCCGUUCAAUCAGAAAAGGCUCAGGAAAAGAUAAAUAAUGUGGGAGGAUCUAGGACAAUCAUUUCUGAUCCAGAUUCUUUUCACCCACAGCCACAUGAUAAGGAACCAAAACAGACAGACAAUUUACCAACAAAUGACCAGAAUCCCCAGUCAGAUCUGUCUGUUCCUGAAAAGUUAGGUUCUAGUGAAGCCAACAAAGAUCAGGAAGACAUAGAUAAACCUAAAGAAGGUCCACCUUCUAUUCCAAAGGGAAAAACUGAGGAACCAAAACAGAUGGAAGAGCCAUCAGUUGAAGGCCAGAAGACCCAGUCUGGUGCUUCUGCUCAAGACUCUCCUUCAAAAUUAGGUCCCGUUCAAUCAGAAAAGGCUCAGGAAAAGAUAAAUAAUUUGGGAGGAUCUAGGACAAUCAUUUCUGAUCCAGAUUCUUUUCACCCACAGCCACAUGAUAAGGAAUCAAAACAGAAAGACAAUUUACCAACAAAUGACCAGAAUCCUCAGUCAGAUUUGUCUGUUCAUGAAAAGUUAGGUUCUAGUGAAGCCAACAAAGAUCAGGAAGACAUAGGUAAACCUAAAGAAGGUCCACCUUCUAUUCCAAAGGCAAAAACUGAGGAAUCAAAACAGAUGGAAGAGCCAUCAGUUGAAGGCCAGAAGACCCAGUCUGGUGCUUCUGCUCAAGACUCUCCUUCAAAAUUAGGUCCUGUUCAAUCUGAAAAAGCUCAGGAAAAGAUAGAUAAUUUGGAAAAAUCUAAGCCAGUCAUUUCUGAUUCAGAUUCUUUUCAACUAGAGUCAGAUGAUGAGGAUUCAAAACAAAUGGAAGACUCAUUAGCAAAAGUCCAGAACCCUCAAUUAGACCUGCCUGCUCAAGAUUCUGUUCCUCAAAAGAUAGAUCCUGAUGAAUCCAAACAAAGUGAGAAAGAGAGAGUUAACCCUGAAGAAGGUAAGCAAGAAAAAGGUUUGGGUGAUGGCAAGAAGAAGACUGAAAAGCAUGAGGAAGGUAUUGAGACACCCAGGAAUGGAUCUGAAAAUAGCCACUUCUUUGCCUACUUGGUGACCACAGCUAUUGUUGUUGCUGCACUAUACAUUGCCUAUCAUAAUAAACGAAAAAUUAUCGCUUUUGCUUUAGAAGGAAAAAAGGCAAAGAUAACCCGAAGGCCCAAAUCCAGUGACUAUCAGCGACUGGAUCAAAAGAUCUAAACCCAGAAGUUCCUGCACGCUACUGUGUUGCAUGAGGACUCAUUUUGAAAAUGGCACAUGGAGCAUGGACGACGUCCAGCCUUCCAUCAGUACAGCCUCAAAGCCUAUCGGCUGUGCUACUGUGCCCAGGGGGAGGGAGCAACAGAAGUGCUUUUAAUUGUGCACAUGCACUUUGCCUAUCGUCACACCUCAGUUAUUCUUUCAAAGCCUUGGGCUGUUUAUUCUCCUUUCAGUGACUUGAUGUUGGACUGUCUUCUCCCACAUUGUGACUAAGAACCAAUGGACAAUACUCUGUGUUUCCUCAAAUGAUGUGGUACUUAACUAUCUGUGAUACUGAUCCUAAAGAAUGUUGAAUGGGCAGCGUGACUUUGUCUCCUAGAUUCUGGAUGUUGAGGUCAUAGUCAACAUUACGAGUUUGGAAUGGUGUUUAUGAAGGCUGUUGACUGUUGUCCACUGAGAGAUGUAUUGCCUGAUACGCUGGUUGAAUAUCUCCUGUCUGUAGACGGCAAUAUUGAGAAAUGGAUAUCCGGCACUGCCCAUCUUUCUUAAGUGUCAGUGCAUGUGAAAUACUGGAGUUUUAAUGCUUGGCUUAAUACUUCCAAGUUUUGUGUUGAUCAGCUAGAUCAGUUGCUACUUUUCUGAUUGUUAGACCGUAAGUAAAAUUAUUCUGUUUGGAGGAAUGUUGACUUUAAUAUUCUUCUCCCCACCACGUUCUGCCAAGCAUCUCCAUUAAUUAAGAUCUUUCCAAUCCAUACUGCCACGUUCCCAUGACAGAUCUCAGAAGGAAAGCAAUCAUGUUGGGACUGUUGAAAUCCACCGCAAAUCACACAAACUACCUAAUGGCCAAAUGUGCUAUUCAGAACCAAAGUCCACCAUUCUAGCAGGAGAUGGACACUCGCUUUCGAAUCCAAGAAACGAAUUGCUUGGAUCAAUCUUUAUUGGUUAACCCCACCUGUAUCCAGAAUGUUGCAUUCAAUGUAAAGGGCCCUUAAGUGUGAAUAGAUCAAUGGCAUCGUUCAUAGAAACAUGGGAGAAGAUGGCAGUUCAAGGGUAUGUGUGGUCCAUACAUAUUUCCCCCGCAAAUCUCAACUUGGCACUAAUGUUUCUAUAAUUACGUAGGCAGCUCUGUAAUGUGAAGCAGCUUUUUCAUGUUGUUGCUGGCUUGAGUUUGUCCUGUGGCCUUUAUAUGUUCCUCUUAAUUUUAUGUUAAGUUUAUGUUCUGCGUGGGAUGAGAAAGUAGAGAAAACUAGACCUAAGACCUGCCUGAGGAUUCCUUUGAUUUCAUUUCCACUUUCAUUUGGCGGGCUUAAUAAUUUCAUCCUGUGGUGAGAAGCCGAGUCGCCUUGAGUCUUCAUCAAAUGUUAAGACAUUUAACCUGCCUCCCCAACUCUGUGGCCACCAUGCAAAGUCUUUUUGCACCUCCUUUCCUUAGCUUGUGCUGGUGGUCACAGAAUGAGACAGUCAAAUAGACUUUUAUUUUUUCAGGCAGGACAAAGCAUUUCUAAAUGCUCCUCUGUAUAAAAUGCUGCCUGCAGAUAGAAAUGUUACC